CUCAGCCUAUCUUUGGCAGCGGCAGUGACUGGCUCGCUGCCUGAAGAGAGCCGUCCUCAGUGCGCUGUGUCCGGGGCUGCAGAAGAAGGGAAGGGAAGGGGUGCGGACAGGCGUUUUCCUAUCAACUUAUCAUCGAGAAAGCUCUUCGAAAGACACUUCAGCGAUGGCAGAGGCCCACCAGGCGGUGGCGUUCCAGUUCACCAUAACGCCAGAGGGGAUUGACCUGCAGCUGUCCUAUCAGGCCCUGAACCAGAUCUACCUGUCUGGAGUACGAUCGUGGAAGAAACGAGUCAGCCGAAUGAGAAACAGAGUGAUCAAGGGAGUGUACCCCGCCAGCCCUUCCUCCUGGCUCUUUGUCGUCAUAGCGAUCCUCGCCACAAUGUACAUGCGCUCGGAUCCCAGCAUGGGGCUCAUUACCAAGAUACAGCAGCACCUGCCGCUAAGUCUCCAUGUGUCUCUCAGUUCCCAGGGGCAGACCAUGGUGUCAGUGCUGGUCUUCAGCACCCUGCUGUGGCUCUCUCUCAUCCUGGCGCUCAGAUUCUGCCUCAAACUGCUGCUCUCCUACCACCAGUGGAUGUUUGAGCAACACGGCCGAGUCUCCAACGUCACCAAAGUCUGGGUGACUCUGCUGAGGUUAUUGUCGAGCAGGAAGCCUCUGCUGUACAGUUAUCAGACCUCUCUACCUCACCUGCCAGUUCCUGCCAUCAGAGACACACUGAGCCGGUACCUGCAGUCAGUGCGCCCUCUGUUGACUGAUCCAGAGUUUAAACGAAUGACCAAACUGGCCAAUCACUUUGAGGCUAACCUGGGAAACCGCCUGCAGCGCUACCUGAGACUCAAAGCUCUGUGGGCCACCAACUAUGUGAGUGACUGGUGGGAGGAGUACAUCUACUUGAGGAGCCGAUGUCCCUUAAUGGUCAACAGUAACUACUAUGGCAUGGACUUCCUGUAUGUGACCCCGACCCCGGUGCAGGCGGCCAGGGCAGGCAACACCAUUACUGCCCUGCUGCUCUACCGCCGCAAGGUCAACCGGGAGGAGCUCAAACCAAGUCGGGUUCCAGGCACUGUUAUCCCUCUGUGUGCGGCUCAGUGUGAGAGGAUGUUCAACACAACACGCACACCAGGAGUCGAGACCGAUGUGCUCCAGCACUGGCAGGAUAGCGAGUUUGUUGUAGUUUAUCACAAGGGUCGCUAUUUCCGGCUUUGGGUGUACCGGGCGGGGCGGCUGCUAUCUCCUCGGGAGAUUGAGCACCAGAUGCAGAGGAUUCUGGAUGACCCUUCACCCCCGAAGCCUGGAGAGGACAAACUGGGAGCUCUCACUGCAGGAGACCGGAUUCCUUGGGCUCAGAUGAGGAAGCAGUACUUCAGUUCCGGCAUCAACAAGAGAUCACUGGAUGCCAUCGAGAGGGCCGCCUUCUUCGUAACCUUGGAUGAAGAAGAGCAAGGCAUGAGGGGAGAGGACCCAGCGGGAAACUUGGACCGCUACGCCAAGUCCCUGCUCCAUGGGAAAUGUUACGAUCGGUGGUUUGAUAAAUCCUUCUCCAUUGUGAUCUACAAGAAUGGGAAGAGUGGACUGAAUGCAGAGCACUCCUGGGCUGAUGCACCCACAGUGGCUCACCUUUGGGAGUACACCCUGGCCACAGAUGCCUUUCAGCUGGGCUACACUGAGGACGGACACUGUAAAGGCGAGGUAGACCGCUCACUACCCCAACCCCAGAGGCUCGUCUGGGACAUCCCCUCAGAGGUUCAGGCUCAGGUGUGCAGCUCCCUGGCUGUUGCCCAGGCAUUGGCAGAUGAUGUCGACUGCCAUGUGUUUCCCUUCAGAGAUUUUGGAAAAGGACGGAUCAAGAAGCUACGCAUCAGCCCUGACGCAUACAUACAGAUCGGCUUACAGCUGGCAUACUACAGGGAUCGUGGUGGUUUCUGUUUGACGUAUGAGGCGUCAAUGACCCGUCUGUUCAGGGAGGGCCGGACAGAGACUGUACGAUCCUGCUCCAACGAGAGCACUGCUUUCGUCAAAGCUCUAGAAGAUGGAGAGGCAGAGGAGCAAUGCAGGCGUCUCUUCAGACUGGCUUCGGAGAGGCACCAGAACCUUUAUCGAAUGGCCAUGACUGGAGCUGGAAUUGACAGACACCUCUUCUGCCUGUAUGUGGUCUCCAAAUACUUGGGGGUGGAGUCACCCUUCCUCAAAGAGGUUUUGUCGGAGCCUUGGCGCCUGUCCACCAGUCAGACACCUGUUCAGCAGAUGGAGCUGUUUGAUCUAAAGAACCACCCUGAUUUCAUAUCGCUGGGAGGAGGGUUCGGCCCUGUUGCUGAUGAUGGUUAUGGGGUCUCAUACAUCAUUGUGGGGGAGGAUAUGAUCAACUUCCAUGUGUCCUCCAAAUACUCCUGCAGUGACACUGACUCCCACAGGUUUGGAGCUCAGAUAAGUAAAGCUCUCCAGGACAUAAUGACUCUCCUCUCAGCUGACACCAAAACCUCCUUGUCCUCCAAAGGCGCAGCGCAGCCUCAGGCCAAGAAGCUCCUCUGAACCCCCCAAGAAAUAAACCCUAAAUAACCCAUUGUCAUUUUUUAAAUUGCAACCGAUUACAUAGCAUAAGACAGAAAAGCAUUAACUAUACAGACGUGAAUUUAAGGAGUAAAAUCAAAGGGAGAUUCCAUGGCAAUCACAUAGCUUUUGGGUCCUGUUCAGACAAGACAGAAACAAAGAUGUGAGGAACCCUGUCGUAUUAAACAGGUCAUCUAUGGUGCCAACUUUUAACCGUGCAUACCUGCAUCAGAGGACUCACCUGGAUGUUAUGAUUUGCAUUCUUCUGUUUUGUAACAUGGAGCUAAAAGCCUUUCUAGAUAAAAGGACUCUAACAAAUGGAUUUGACAGCUAUUCAUCAUUAAUACAGCUAGACCAGUGGUUCCCAGCCCCUGAAAGGACCCCUUAUCUAUCGUUUAGUAAACUUACAACCCCUGCUUAGGUGACAUAUUGUAUGGUGUGUUUUUUUUAGGAAGUUAAGGAAACUUUUUAUACAAGUAUCUAUGUAUCUAUUUUCGAUUAUCUAUCUAUUAUGUACUUUUUUUAAUUAUUUUUGACAAGCACACACGCUUAAUAGGCUUCUUUUUUGACAGUUUCAGAGUUUUCUUGUCCCUGAUGCCUGGCCUUUCGACUGAGACUAUUUACUUUUCUUUAAAGAAUUGAACCAAAUGCUCAGAUAUAGGCCUACUGUGUAAGUUUUGUAGCACAUUUUGAGAAUAACAAUACCUCACAACCCCCUAUGAAGCUUUAGCACCCCCCGGUUUGGGAACCACUAACCUAGAUGACACGUGAGCAUGUAAAACCGCUUCGAAUCCCUGCUUUCUCUGAGAAUAUGAAACCUGCAAUGGGUGAUUUUUAAGAAAGUGGGAGCAAAGGUCAUCACUUAAGAAGGAGGUCUUUAGCAGUAAGAAGCAAAGAAAGAGAGACAAAUGUCGCUGACAACAGGCGGACAGCAUUAAGAGACUCUAAAUCUCAAUAAAAGUGAAGGGGAAAAUGUUCUUUUAGAUGCUGUGCAGCAGUUCGGGGUUAGAUAGGGCCCGUCGGACGUCACUGCAAAACUCAAGAACAAAAGGAGGUUAAAGAAGUUGUAGCCACAUUAUAUUGUCAUUUAAUUUGAUGUAUGAAAUGGGACUAGAGGUUUAUAAACUAGAUGAUGAAAGUCCCACUCUAAUUUUUUUUUUUUUUUUAACUUUAGGAAUAAAUAUUCUUCCACCCAAUGUUCAGGGUUACUUUCACCUAUCCCCUGAUCUCAGGAUAAGCCACAGCCUGAAUCAGUAGUUAGCUGCUAAUGUCUUACAUCUUCAAUGCCAGAGAGAAUGUGUCUGUAUGUGUACUGUGGCUUUCAUACCACACCUGCUAAGAGCUAAAAAAGUAGUAUGCCUUUCCAUAGUGACAGUUAAAGAGAGGCCCUGUGGAGUUUUAACCAUAGCUACCCCUAGGAUUGCCAUAGCACCAGCCUAGCACCCCCAAGAAAUAUCUGUGGCUUCUUUAGAUUUUUUAAUUUUUAAAGUGUGAAUACUAUAAUUCAUAAUCUGAAAAAGGAAUAGAUACAUUAACAAAAUAAACUGAUCUUUUUUAGAUUAAAAGACACAUGAUGAUUGAUCUGAUUUUGUCAAUGGGUGCAGCACGCACUUAACCUUUAAACUUAUGUCCACUUCCUUUAACCCCAAAGCAUUAGCAACAGAAAAUCCCUGGUUUUCUUCUUCCCUGCCAUUGCUGGCACAUAGCUGUGCUUCUUUGAGUCAACAACUUUCAAGGAAAUAAUAGCAUGGAACAGAGACCUACUUGUAAACACUUGUCUCCAUGUUGCCUCUACUGUUUUUUUUUUUUUAAACUCCUUUUAAAGUCAACUGUUGGCAUGCUUAGAGCAUAUCUUUAACCCACUCAGACUGCUCUGGCGACACCAGGCCUGAUAAUCAAUCAGAUUAUUAAAAAUAAUUCAUUGUAAUUUUAAUUAAUUGGAUUCAAUGUUCUAAAUCUUCAAAGUAAAGUACAAUAUUUUCCUCUGAAAUGUAUUGGAGUAGAAGUAUUAAGAGCAAAAAUGACUGUAUCUCAAAUAUGUACUUAUGUGAAGUAAUUUAACAACUGGUUCAGUUGUUAGGUUAUGACUUGGAAGCAGUGUUGUGAAACUGUAAGUGGUGAGUGAUUUUUAUUUAGUAGCUCUAUCUAUUAUAAUCGAGGGUUAUUGUGUCCCAACUGGAAGGCUGCCAACUCCACAGUGUUUUGUGUUAGACUGCUGUGCUCAAAAAGAGUCAUGGGAACACAGGAUUCACAGUGAUGUUGAAAUUUUAUUCAUUGCGGUACAUAGUUUCAAUUUCCACACUUCCAUUAUGGUCUCUGAUGCACUAAUGUUUUGAAUAUUUGACAAUCCAAUCAAAGGCUGUGUUCUGACCGAGAUCAGGUGGUAACUCACAAUGUAACCCUAGGUGUUGUCUUCCUAACCGUGUGUAGGAAGGAAGCAGGAAAGGGUGGGAGAAGCUCAAAUGACUUUUCCAUUUUGUUUGUUUUACUUUAUCUUUUCAGUGGAUUGCUUGAAUAAGGAGUGGCUCUUUAAGGUCAACUGUGUCAGCUUAUCAGACACAGUUGUGUUUUACUGCUGUUGAAUGAAACGCACCUUGAGUGUAUUCUCUCCAUCACUGAGCCAGUUACUAGUUAUUUGUUCCCAGACAUUUUUUUGUUAUUUGGGUCACUCCACAUUAGCUUGCAUUUGUUUUCACUACAGCUGACGGCUGCGGCCUCAGGGAGCGGAGCAACAGUUCUCAUCUCACCGUAACAUUACUUAAGCUAGAGCCCAUAAAUAACAGUGUCUUGCACUUACAAUUCACAAUUAUCAACAGCAAAUGUAAAUUUGCUCAUUAAUAACGAGCAGGAUCAUGACCUGGCAAUGAGACUCAACAAUCAACUAUCUUUCUCUUCUCUGAUGGUUGUUUUUGUUCAGGCCCGGUGGUUCCUUCAAAUGCCAUUAGGAGCACUAAGAGGAGCCAGAUUUUUUUCACAGAUUUUCAAAAUAUUUUUAUAAAGAUUACCUACUGCAGCUUUAAAUGCAUCAAAUGCAAAAGGCCAAACCAAUUACGUGCCUCAGUCUACUCCACUGUGCAGCAUUAGCACUAGCAUUUAGCAGCAGGUUUACAGUUUGCUUUGUGUUAGGACUAAAGGUUAAUAUGAAGAUUAGCACUGUCUUUUCUUACUGACUUGAUUUUUGGAUACAUUUUUAUUGUGUUUUUUUUCUGUGUAACUACUGUUUCUGCUCUCGGUUAAUAGUUGAUGAUUGAACGUUUUUAAUGAAUUUGUGGGAAUUGUAGUUUUUUUAAUUAUAUAAUAUCUGAUGUUUACUGAUUUUACACUCCAAAAAUGCUCAUUAUUACUGUUUUUUGUCAGUAGUUUUGAUUCUAAAGCUUAUUUAAAUGUCAAUGUAGACAGUUUUUGAAGGCUUUUUACAGAUGGUAAUGGUGUGUUAUGGGAAAUAAAAUUCUUACUGACUGUA